CACAAACGUGCUGUCAUUAUUUACAUAAGUGACUGCUUUCCUCUCACUGUCCCACUUUCUUGUGAAGAGUCGCACUGGUAGUUUCUGUCAGGACAUAUAACUAAGGGAAUGAGCACAAUUUAGGAAUAACUGGACAUCUAAAACCCAUUUUACUUGAAGCUCGCAAAGAUGAAUUCCUGGCUCAUAAGCGCGCUCGCGCUGAUGGUCUACUGUUGCCAUGACGCCCUCUCGUGUCCAAAGCGAUGCACUUGCCAUUUCAGCACCAAAACAACCGAGGUUGUGUGCCCUGACGCCGGCCUAUCUCAUUUCCCUGGAGAAGGGCUACCACACAACACCACCGCACUGACCAUCCAGUUUACAAACCUGAGCGUGCUGACCUCAAAAGACCUGAAAGCCAUCCCAUUGCUAGAGGAGCUGCACUUGCCUGGCAACAAACUGAGCAGCUUACCCGCAGAUCUUCUGAUGUACGUUCCUCACCUACACACCAUAGACCUCACAGAUAAUGAACUGCGUGAGCUUCCUUCACACGUUUUCCAUCACGCUCCACUUCUUAACCUGGUGCUAAAAGACAACCGCAUCUCCAGUAUCCAUCCUGACUGGAUGCCCAACAACAGCACUCUCUCAUGGUUGGACUUGUCAGGAAACCAUCUUACGAAAUUCCCAAUGGCCCAACUCCAGGCACUGAAUCACCUCAAGGUUCUGCAACUUUCGCAGAAUAAACUCGAGGAGCUUCCAGUUGGAUGCCUAGACGCUCACCCUGCCCUAGAGAGACUUCAUUUGGACCAGAACAAAAUCGAAUCCCUGGAUGUGAAGGCCUUCGGCAACACUGCUAACCUGACACAUAUUUUCUUGCAGAAAAACAGACUGGAGAGACUCCCACCCACUGUUUUCCAGGGGCUCCAACGCUUGGAGUUUGUAGACCUCCAAGACAACAGGCUUAAAUCUAUUCUCCCUGGCACGUUAGAUAUUAAUACCAGCUGGGUGGAGUUGACCUUUAACCCCUGGCAUUGUGACGCUAAAAUAGAGUACCUGUGGAAGAAACUGACUGUGGAAACCCUACAGUCCGAGCCAAAAUGUGCUUCACCUGAGAACCUGAAAGAUCGGGUCAUCGCAACACUUAAACACGAAGAAAUGGGCCUGCCAGAGUAAAAACACGAGUUCUGGGGCCUCAUGUAUAAAACUGUGCGUAGGAUUCUUACUAAAAGUCUACGUACGCACAAAUACACCAAAAAUUAUGAAUCACAGAUCACCUGCAAGUGUGCGUACAUGAAUCAUCCUAAUAUCCCACCUUGCAAGCCCAUUCUCCUGUCAAGUUUGUUUUUUUAUAAAUCACAACCUUUGCGUGGGAACUGGCGUACGCACGUUUCCAGCCCUGUUUUGUGCGUACGCAUGCUUUAUACAUGAGGCCCCAGAUGUGUUUAAGACAGCUAAUGGUAACUAGUAAAUAUGAGUAAGGAGACUUUCCUAAUGUAAACAUUAUGGUAGUAUCUAUUGCAAAUUAAAAAUCGAUUUUUUUUUCUUCGUACGUAAAGAAAUUUAAUAGAAAUGGCCAUGAAGAUCUUUUCUGAAAUCUUAAAAUGUGCACUUUUUAAAAAGUUUAAUUUUUCAUAUUUCAUUUUAAUAGCAUGCUUGGUUGUAAAUGACUGAUUGAACUAAGAUCUUGUAACGCACUAAACCGGACAACUAAUACCUAUUAAAUCUGCUCUGACACUAAAGCUCUCUGCCAUGUCAAUAAAUUACAGAUAAUAAAAGACAGAC